AUGGAGAUUCGCCCCGUGAGCGCGCCGACGUCCGGAUCGUCCGAGUCGCCUGAGUCCCACCCCCCACCACCGCCCGCCCCGCCCCGUAAACGAGUACGUCGUUGGCACCAUCGAGGGUUCACAGGAUGCUCGACCUGUCGCCGUCGUCAUGUUCGCUGUGAUGAGACCUCCCCAUCUUGCAAAAAUUGUACGAGGCUGGGACACGAGUGUGAUGGGACACAGGGGACAAUGACCUUUAAGGUCUAUGGCCCCACACAUAACCCAGAACAACCGCUAUCGAAAACCAAGAAGCGGAAGAAGAGGGACUCAAAUGCGGAGUUGAUACCGGGAACAGGAACACUUGUUAUGAGGAAGAAAGUGGAGGAGCCUUGGGAAGCUGUGGUGGUUUCCCCAACUACUCUACCCCAGCAGCCGAUCAAGUUCUGCUUCCACGAACCAAAGCCCACGAAUGUGCCUGCUUGUGUACAAACCACCGAUGAUCGCUAUUUUACCCAUUUCAUCGAUCAAGUCUCGACCCUCCUUAUUAUUUACGAUAAUUCAAUCAAUACAAAUCCGUAUCGCAAGCACUUUCCCGAUUUCGCACGCUCGUCCCCUUCCAUGGUGGGUGCUAUGGAGGCAUUGGGCGCGUUGCAUUUGGCCAAUACCUCUGUUGGGCCACAGCGCAUUUCACAUUUCCAGCAGGCGAUGAGUAAAUACGGUGAAGUGGUACAACUGUUUCGAGGGCGAUACGCUCGCCCAAGUCAACAAUUGGGAAUGACCGAUUUCGCAACAUGUUUACUACUUUGUCUUUUCGAGAUGAUGGACUCCCAGAAUCACAACUGGGCUGUGCAUCUUAAGGGUGCCCGUGAGAUCUACAACCUUCUUUUCUAUCCCCACACUGGCGGUACCUCCACUCGCGAAGUACAGAGAGUCGCCGAGUGCAAUCAUCCUCUCCGAUCAUUCCUUGUGUCUUUACUUUCCUACCUAGAUGUGGCUGGUGCAUGUGCUACCCCCGGUGGCACAGUCGUCGAAGGGAAUUAUUGGAAGACCCUCGGAGGCGGGUGGGAGUACAACCUAGGGACACCUAGCUUAUCUUCACCCGACAUGCCCGACAACCCGCGCUUAAUCGAAUUGCGGAACGCAUGGUCAGGAAUGAUGGAAGUUCAGACAGCGAUUAGUACUUUUGCCCGUGAUAAAUUAUGGAUGCCCCCGGACCAGCAAGACCUGGUUUACAAAGAUAUCUUCAACCGCUUGGUGGUAUGGCGGGCCAGCACGCCGAUCAGCCUCCAGCUCCUAGGCGACAUGGGACUUGACGACGAAAGUCUUGACCAGUUUCCUUUCCCUGAUAUGCUGGAGUACGUCGGAUGCGUCGAGGCUUACGAGAAAGCGACCUUUGUGCAUCUACAUCAGGUUGCCGGUGCGGGCCGAGUGCGCUGGAUCACCGACCGAACAUACCUGGAUAUGCUCAUCACUCGGAUUCUGACCCUGAUUCGCAAACUAUCUAAGGGUGUCGGCCAAUUAGCCGUUCUAUGGCCUCUCUUCAUCGCUGGACAGGAAACUCGCAAUGAAUCUGAACAGCAGUACGUUCGCCAGACAAUGGAGGAGCUGAAGCGCUUUGGCUUUAAGAAUGUCGAUAAGGGCCUUGAACUCCUCGAAGGAGUUUGGUUCAAACGACGGACUUUCCCUGACGGCUGGGUUGAGACCUUGGAUGAAAUCCAGUCGAAUAUUCUCUUACCUUGA